AUGACGUUCGCGUGGAAAGCCGCUGGCCUUACCUACAACCGCUACCUCGCGGUCGCCGCGCGCGUCGUGCGCCGCAGCCUGAAGGAGGAGAAGAGACUUGUGGCCGAGCGCCGGGGCCAGCAGGAGCUGAGAUUCGCGAAGUGGACGAACGGCAAGCAGGGUGAGCUCAAGAACCUGGCCGAGGCCAACGCCCAGGCAUCCGUCGAGAGCGCUGCGACCGGUGGCACCGCCUAA